UCAAUUUCAAAUCAUUCCAGUGUUCUUUUCAAGAAGAGAUUACUACUAGAUGAAAAUGGUGGCAUUGAAAUUACUUACUUUUGUUGCCCUGGUGUAUACCGCAAAUGCUUCUACAGAUAGAGAGCUUGCUCUUAAAUUGGCAUCAUGUUUGAAGAAAGUGAUUAUUAGUGGACUUCCAUCUCUUCACAUUCCUUCUCAUGACCCUCUUGUUUUUAAUCACAACCUAUCUUGGCAUGGAGACAUUGGCAUUGCCAGUGGUACGUUAAACGUCACCAACCUAGUGUGGCACGGAAUUCCCAACUGGAGUGUGGAUAUUGAACAAUUCAGUGAUGACAGUGACUCAAAUGCAAUUUUGAAAUACACACUGUGGUGGCCAAAAUUCGUCUUCACUUCAAAAUACAGUCUUUAUGCAAAUGUGGCGUUGAUACCCACACACUUUGCCGGAGAUUUAAAUGUCACCUUAGCCAGCACCACUUGGAGUGGUGAAGUCAACUUCACCAAACCAGGUUUCAAUCUAAUAGAAGGAGUUGAAGGACUUACUUUGAGCUGGAAUUCUGUACAAGUGCAUUUCGACUUCACUGGACUUGGACCUUUCAAUGGUAUGGUUUCUAAUACACUGAGUGGAUUUGUUAAAGGAUUCCUCGACACUGGAGCCAUGGGAAAUACUCUUGGUGAAGCACUCAAGACAAGAUUGAAUACUGCCUGGUUCCAACAUAAUGAAAGGAUCGAUAAGAUUUUGGAAUAUUGUAGGAACAACUAAGAUAUUAUGGGAAAAUGUAAAUUUCAAUGAAUAAAUAAUGAAUGAACUUCAUUUUACCGACA